AUGCUCACAGAUGACGAUGAUUUUCACGGGCCGGUGUCAGCGUCUUUCAUCAGACCGGAGCGGUUAUCCGACUCUGGCGGUGCCUCUGACGAUGUCACGAUGGACUCCACCGUGUUCUCGAUGCAUUACCGUAGUAUCGCGCGGUCGGAUUCUGGUGACAUUAAUACUCGCCAGCUUGGCCUCACGUCGUCGAGCUCUCACGGAAGUUUCAUGGAGGUCACGGAGGCGAAGAGGCCGUUCGAAGUGGUGCUCGAUGCGGAGAGUGCCAGCGGAGACUCGAACGACAUGAGCAUCGAGGGAGAGCACCAACGGAGCUAUCAAUUCGACAGAGUCUCUCGUGCGUUUGAUGCACUUUUGGCAGAAGUAGCAGUAAAGGACUCGCCGCAGCACAAUUUGGAAGGUUCGGCUUCCUCUCCAGUUACUCAGCUUCACCAAAUACAACCUUCAGUUUCUUCAAUCAAGGAAAUUAAGGAGUUUAGUAAAGAGACAAGUGCGGCAGUUUUAAGUGAACUGGACUCUGAGAAUCCGAACAGGGGAACACCACUAGAGGUAAAUGAAUACAGAAGACAGGUGUUGGACUCAGAUCAUAAGUCCAGAAGAAAACAAUUAUCUAUGAGUUCUCCUGAUUCAUUCAGGCGUACUAGAAAUAUAACACCACCCAUUGAGCAAUCUGGUUUGUUAGGUCCAGAGGUCAGAAUCGCACGUGGUACAUCGCCAUCUUCUGGACAUAGAAGCAUUUUGAAGAUGAAAACUCUUGAGGCUACUCCUACCAUGUUGGACCUAAAAGAAGGAAUGAAUAGAUUGAAAGCUAGGUUAUCAAAAUACUCUCCUGGUUUUUCUCUUUCAGAUAAGAAAGAUCCAAAAUACAAGCAAGAUGAAAGUUGCCAAACUCCUUCUCUACAAGAAAAACUGUUUAAGUUAACUCCAGAGAGUAACAUUCGUAAAGGUUUGGUUGACAGCAAUGACCAUGGAAUUUACUCUUCUAAAAAUAAUUGCAAGUCAGGUCAACAUGAAGAGAUUUUGGACACCAAAGUUCACGAGAAAAACUUGAUUUUGAUUUCAGAUCAUGUUUCUUACAAUGAUCGAAAUCCUAAGCCUGUGGAAAUGGAAACUUCUUCCUUACAGAUGACUCAUGUAACGAAAGUGGUAAAUAUGGCCCUGGCAGAUACCACGGCUGAGAGAGGGAAAGAUGAAAUACCAGUUCCAAGCCCUUCUAUCCCAGGAGUAACAACUUGGUUGCACUCCUUGCAAGACCCUUCCAAGGGUAACUUAGAUGAUCAUGGUCAUGAUAACAGCUACCAUUCAGUACUACAAGUAGCUCAGAGCGCUCUUACCCUAUCAGGUGUUGAGAUUUCUUCAGGCAAGAAAAGAAAAGGUGUUGAGAUGCUAAGCAAUGGUGACAACAUAGAUAAAAUAGAUAGAAUUCACGGAAGUCCAGAGGUUCAUGAAAAUGGUAAUGGUGACCUGCAGUUAGUUUUAGAGCAAACAGAUUCUAUGAGAAGUGAAAGAGAGAAGCUUGGAGAUCAGACUUGGAAUGAUGAUGAUCUUAUUCUUAAGAAAUUCUUAGCUGGAACAAAUCAGUUGCUACCUCCCUUAGUUGAUAAACUAAAUUUGAGAUUGAUUGGCAGGUUGGAAGAUAUUUUGAUUCAUCAACAGAAAGUUAAGAAGUUUGAGAUUCUUUGUUCUGAAAUUCAAUCUCAGCACACGACAAUUAAUCCUCCAGACAUUCUUAGAGACAAGAGAAUUGUGGAAACGAGAAUAUUGCUGUAUAAUAUAGCAUAUGAGAAGGCAAAAUUACAAUUAUUGCAUGUGAAGCGUGACAAGUUACUGAAAAAGGUACAACAGAUAAGCUCUGGGCUUCAAGAGUGUGAGUUGAUAAAAUUAAAUUUCAUCAUCCCGUCUUCAUCUAAAAGUUGGCCAAUGGACACUCAAGCUGAUGAUAGUCAUAUUCGUACAAAAUUGUUUAAUUCCCAGGGAAAAUGUCAGAUUCGACAUGGUUAUUGGGAAAUACAAAUUGCAUUGUUGGGUGGUCUGUCCUGGGAAUACAUUAAACGAGGUUGCCCCUUUUCAGGCUCCAGGUAUCAUUAA